AUGCGUUCCUUCAUCAUCGCCCCAAUCCUCAUGGCCAGCGCCCUAGCCCAAUCAACCUCAGACUACCUCAGCUGCGCCAGCGCCACCAUAAACAGCGUCACCAAAUCACCUUUCACCUCCUGCACCUCCAAAACGUCCCAAGAAUGCGUUUGCGCCAACAAAUCCGCCUUCCAAUCCCUAUCGGCCUCCUCCGUCCCCGCCUGCAUCGGGCUAGAUAUAAUAUCCCUAAUAGCAGCUCUCUGCCCUGACACCGAACCCACAUCUACCGAAGCCAAACCCACCGAAACCAAACCCACCGAAACCAAAUCAACCGAAACUAAAUCCACCGAAGCAAAACCCACCCAAACAAAACCUGUCUUCCGACACGCAGGCAAACCAAUGCAACCCGUUAAACGCGCGGAUGGAGCAAAACUCACCAUCUAUGUAACAGAAACUCGCUCAGAUUGCGGAUGCACGAGUACGGCUGUUGGGGGUCAUGUCCACGGCUCCACUACUGCUGCUGGAAAUACCAUGCAUAUCUCGCAGGUUCCGGUUAAUGUCCCGUCGCCGAGUAGUAUGAGUGUCAUGGUGGCUGCGUCGUCGACGUCGGUUGGGAGGGAGCAUGGGUUGAUGGGUGGUGCGGCUUCGACUGUGGUUGGACAGGUUGGGGCGACGCCUUCGGCGGGGGCUUCGGGGGUUGAUGCGAAGAGUUUCUCACCUUAUACGGGGGCUGCGGUGGGGACUUCGGUGAAUGGGGGUGUUGUGAUGCUUGGGGUUGCGGUUGUUUUGGCUGUUAUGGUUGCUUUGUAG